AUGCAACAGCAAAUUCAACAAGAAGAAAUCGACGAUCAGGGAAAAUCGGGCUUGAAAGAAUGCAUCAAUUUACUAGCUAGGAGAGUUAGAAACGAAGUCUUGAGUUUGACCUCUGAAGAUACAAAAAUUGCAAAAGCAAAACUUGAAGAUUUGGAAGAUACACAAAAUAAGAUCAAAGACUUCCUUAGUUCUAAUUCAACAGACGUAGAGUUAAAGGAAGCAAUGGAAAGGUUACAAAAUGAAUUACCACUGAUCAGAAUGUUUUUGGAGGAAACUAAAAUAGCUUUCAAAGAAAUGAAGAGUGAAAUUGAAACCAUGUCCAAGAGUAUUGAAGAAUUACAAGCUGAACUUAGGAAUUUAAAGACCGAAAUAGGUAUUCUGGAGACCGAAUUUAGGGUUUCAAGGCUUAACAUUGGUAGUUCUCCAAAAAGAAACCAGUGA